CACACACACACACACACAUACAAUAUGUGUACAGUAGAGUUGUUCUCGAAAUCGCGGUUUACGUUUCUACUCUAUUUCCCUAACGCGGCCGUUUCUACUCCGGUCGUAUCCGUUUUUGAAUUGAAUUCGAUGUACCUACCUACGUAAUAAUAUUAGUUGUUAUACGUGGAUAUAUAUUAUUAUUAUGUGCAUAGUACUCGCGAGUGUACAUAGAUAACGUUAUACAUUAUUAUUUAUUCGCGUCUAUAAUAUUACGUAGGUAUAAUAUGACAUGUAUUAUUAUUAUUUAUCUCGUAAACCCGAUAUUGGGUCGAUAUAACGGUUUCAGAUUAAAAUACUAACGACACAGUCGCAGUCGGUAGCAGCAUCGCAGUUCAUGGACGCAUCUCGUUUUUACGAUAUCGUCAUUCGGCGGCGGCCGAUGUCAUUUAAACGGAUAUUACUAUAUUAUGAUGGUUAUAGUAUUAUUUAACUCGUUAUAAUUAUUAUUUGUUACCGAGUGACAAUAAUAAUACGUAUGUAGUAUGAUGCUUUGUAAAUAAUAUUGUGCACUACUAAAAUGAUAUGUUAUCUAUCAACACUAUUAUGAUAUAACUGUAUAACUCUUUCGUGUAUCAAUGACUCCGUACGACCUCAUUCAUCGCAAAUUUAAAACUGAAGGUAUUAUUAUUGAUAUAGCUUAUAAACACAAAUGCGCAUAUUAAUAAUAUGAUGGGAGGAUUACUACAAGACUUUGCUAUAGUGGCACGUUUGCAUCUUAGAACUUUGUCGUUGUUUAUUUUAUACUUGUCAAUAUAACUUAAUUACGAUUUGGAUGGUGUAUAUCAUUUAUUUGAACAUUGAUACGGCUGUACGAACUUUUUACGUUUUAAUUUAAUAAAUAUUAUAAACCAAGUUUUUAAGCAGAUCAUUAAAGGAAUUAAUGUUUCAAGUACUUCAAAAAUAUAGACAUGGCGUACAUAAUAAUAUAUAUUUGUAUAAAUAAUAGCAUUAAUAAAAUUGAUUUAACCUGGCUUUUAGGUUUUACCAUUACUUUUCAUUUUCGUGGGUUAUUAGAUUAACAACAAAACAUUUUGUAAAUAACUUCUGACGUAUUUAGCAUUUUAAAAACAAUAAAUUACCUUCAAUUAACUCAUCUCUCUGUCCGGGUUUUUUGCCCAGGGCUCAAUCGCACGGUGAAAAACAAAACAACUACACGCGAGAUGGAAUACCGGAAAGCAUACUUUGCUUACUAAUUUAUUUAUUUAUUUUCUUGUUCACCUAUCGAUCUGACGAUUACGGCUGACCUGCGUGGUUGUAGUUGUAUUAUAAUAUUAAAGAUUGAUAAUGGUUUUGAUGUAAUUUUCUGAGUUUCCAAUCAGACAAGAGUUUUUGUUAAAGUAAUGAGGUCAUAUGAAAUUCUCAGGAUGAUUAUUCCUUCUACCACGGUGAAAUAACUUGUUACCACCAGAGAUGCAUAAUAAAUCUGAUUAUACCCAUAAGUUUUUAGGAGUAAGAAAUUUUUUAGGAAAGUCCAAUUUUAAACUUUAGAUAAAUUAAAUUACGUUAAAUUGUCUUAUAGUAUAUCUGCAGACUCCUUAAAAAAUAAUACGUUGAAUUGCUUGAGUUUGUACUCAGACCGUUAUGAAAACCUAAAUUAAAUGCUUUCAGGAAAGUAUAUAUUUAGCAAUACGUGAUCUAAUGAUCAAAGCUAUACCAACAAAGCCACGUAAUAUGUACACCAAACAUUGGAUUCAUUAGAAACUAAGACUUGUGACAACGAGCAAUUUCUUUUGAAACCCAGAUGAUGUAUUACGGCGUGGGUGAGAUUUCGGUUUAUUCCCAAGUUUUGGCAUAAGAAAUUGGAGGAUAGACGGCGUCAGCGUAUAUUAUAUUCCGAAAGAGUAAUGUCCAAUACGUUUUUGGAUAACGUCGAUUGAGACGCCGUUGUAUCAAUAACCAGGUGGUGUACGGGGACACGGUCAGGAGAUAGAGUCAUCCUGUCGAGAGCACAGAAAUCGCCAUGACUUUUAGGUUGGCAGAGUCAGCGACAGGGCCGAAGAUUCACCGCCGCCCGGCGUGAUGUACGCCACAGACACAGUGCCACGUCGACGCGUGGCCCAGACGACAGCAACUAUGACGACAACGACGACGACGACGAUGAUUUUCGUGGCAGCCAUGAUGGCCACCAUGCUGGCCGCGGCCGCUGGCUGUCCCAUUGGAUGUAUGUGUAAGUGGAAAGGUGGCAAGCAGACGGUCGAGUGCGUCAAUCGGAGCCUGUCGGCCAUACCAAAUGGCAUGGACGUCGGCACCCAAGUAUUGGACAUGUCGGGAAAUUCGAUGGACGCACUGUCCAGGGGCCGGUUUAUGUCGGCCGGCUUGUCCAACCUGCAGAAGAUCUUCAUGUCUCGGUGCCGGAUUACGUACGUGGACGACGCCGCGUUCCAGGGACUGUCCAACCUGGUCGAGCUGGACCUGUCCGACAACGGGAUCACCGACAUACCGACCAAGUCAUUCGACGACUAUCCUCAGCUGAUGAAGCUAGUGCUGAGCGGCAACGCGGUGACGGUGGUGCGGACGGCCGCGUUCAAGCGCCUCGCCUACCUGACAGUGCUCGACCUGAGCCGGUGCCGGGUGUCCACGAUCGAGCCGGGCGCGUUCGAUGGCUUGCACAGCAUCGAGUGGCUGCGGCUUGACCACAACCAGAUAGUGCGAAUCGAGAGCGCGGGUGCGGUCGUGCUGCCACUGUCGCUGCACGGCAUUGAGAUGCACCACAACCCGUGGACGUGUGACUGCCGGCUACGCGAUGUGCACCGGUGGUUGAACAACAACAGCGCGCCCCACACGGUCGAACCGACUUGCCACGGGCCGGACAGACUGCGCGGCAUGGUCAUCCGCAAGCUGGUCGCCGAGGAGCUGGCAUGCGCUCCGGUGGCAGCGGCCACGUCCCCCGAGUACGUGGAAACGGACGCCGGCAAGAACGUGACGCUCGCGUGCAGGGUGACGCCGGCUGGGCAGUCGCGGGUGUCGUGGUGGUUUGAGGGCCGGCAGGUGGCCAACAGCACUACGUCAGCUGGCGUAGAGCUGACCGUCGAGGACGUCGGCCCCGCGGACAACGGCACGUACGCGUGCGUGGCCGAAAAUCGGGCUGGCUGGGCCGCGUGCAACUUCACGGUACGCGUAAUACAAGAACUGUCCGAGGUGGCGGCCGGUUCGUAUCCGCCGGACGCGCCCCCGCCAGCCCUGCUGGUCAUCGUGUUGGGCGGUUCAGUGUGCUUUGUGGCCGUGGCAGUGGUUUGCGCGAUCAGCUGCCGGUUGCUGGUGGUGAAACGCCGUCGGCAUCGGGACCACGCCGGACGACCGGGUGGCAAGUCCGGCGGCGCCGGGGGUGGUGACGCGGGGCCCGACGACCCAUCCAACAGUGGGCAGGCGGCCAAAACGACGUCCGACAUCAGACAAUCGGACUCGGUGAACCUGACCGUUUCGUCCACCGUCGACGGAAAAUUGUCGUCGGCUGAGGACGUGAGCGUGUACGGCGAGUAUGACACGGCCGCCGGCCCGGGGUCGUCCGCCGGUUACGAAGUGCACGAGGUUAUGCAUGUGGGUGGCGGCGGCGGUUACGACGCGUACCAGCAGGUGCACGUGGCCCAGGGACAUCCGGCGACGGCGACCGCGACCACCACCCUGGAGGCCAAUCCGGAUCUGAUCAGCGACGCGUCCACCGUGAUCAGGGACAAUGGUGGUGGCGACUACCGCGACGCCACCGACGAGGUAUACAAGAUAGCUGUGCCACCGCCCCCAUCGUGCGGCCGAGACUUUUGGUCGACUUCCGGUGCCGUAUACCCGUCCGGCGGUGGCUGUGGUUCGUACGAAUUGCAACUGUCGCCAGGCAAGCUGGCCGCCGGCGAACCGUAUCCAGCUGAUUAUGGACUGCCCAAGUUAUCGUCCGGCCAGUAUCCGAUGCCAGCGCCACCGUCAUUGUACCGGACGCUUCCGCACCGUCGGAACGCAGCAAAGCCGCAAGGCCGGUCGUGCCAGGAAGCCGAGUUCGUGCUGUUACAGCAGCAUCACCAUCAUCACCAUCAUCACCACCAACAACAGCAACAGCACCAGCACCACUUGAACCGGUACGAACCGCAGAACAUCCGGUACAACCAGCAGGGGUACCCGUACCCGGCGUCCGCAGUUGCCGCGGACGCGGCGUACUAUACGACAGCCGCGGCCACUUUUUACGAACCACCAUCGUUGUCGAACGCGUCCGCGCAGACACUCGAUGACGAAACGAUGGUCAUGAUGAUGAUGAUGCCGCCGGCCCCGCCGCCGCCACUCGUCACCGGUGCCCCAGCGUUACCCGCAGCGGGCAGACAGCCGCAACACUUGUCCGCCGAACACGCGGCAAGCCAGCACAAGGCAGUCACCGCCGUGCAAAAGCAGCCGGCCACCACGGAGAGCCCGGACGAAGGGUACGUGGGCGAAGGGCCUGAUUCGUAGACCGGUUACAAGCCGCGUACGGACGUCAGGAACGCGACGUAGACGACUGGAGACCGUACCGACGGACGCUUUGUGACGAGCCGCCCGUCACUCUUACUUGUACAUAAUUCAAUAAUAAUAUUAUUAAUAUUAUAUCGUUAUAAAAGCUGUGAAAUAUGUAAUAUUUUUUUGUUGUGCGUUCUUGUUGGCAGUUCCACACCGUAGAAAUAGCAUUGUAAAAAUAUAAUUUCAUAUUUAUCGACCAUUAUACACAUACACUCACACCCUGUACAAGACGCUUUUCUCCGAUCGUUAUAGUUUGAUAAUCGGAGUGCGCAAUAUUGUGCGUCGUGGACCGUUAAAGUUAAACGACGUCAUUAAAUUAUAAAACUUAUAACAUUGUUCUAGAUAAUAACUGAUCUAGUCAUAUUUAGUUCCGUUCGAAUCCAACGCCGUUUAAAUUGUAAUCUGCUUAAUUGUAUGUAUUUGUGAAGUUAUCUCACUUAAUGUACCUAAUAAAUGUAUUUUUUUUUUUUUGAAUGUGCUAAUGUAAGGUUUUUUUUUAGCGGCAAUAGGUCAUAAUAUGUUUGCAUCGAAAUCUGAUAUCAUCAAAAACAAUAAACUAUUACAAAAAAUAAUAAUUUUUUAGCGCGUCUUUUAUUUUUAAUUUACGAAUGGAAUAUAUUAGUCUUAAGUCGUUGUAACGACACAACAAUCUUUUUUUAACAACAAUGCUGUACAGAAUCUUAAAGGAAGUUUAUAUUUAUUAUUUUCCUUUUUCAUGAAAACUUUUUCCGCAUAAGAAGAUUGAGAUUUUCAAUUCAUAUCAUUAUUAUCAGAUUAAAUUUAAUUCGAAUUGAAUUAUCAUACUUAAUAGUUACUUUUUUAUAUACAUAAAUUUAUAAAUGCAUGUUCACGGCGUACCCGCACUAAAUUUCUCGCGAAAAUAAAUAUAAUAUUAUAAUUCCUAAUACAAAAUUAAAAGAAUAUAAACUAUAAUAAUAUGACAACCCAUAAUCAUUAUGAAGGAAAAAAAACAAUAAAGUAGUAAAACGAAACUCUUUAUCAAUUGUACUUGGCUCAAAUUUACACACCUAUAAUUCCCUAACCGACGUUGGGUCUGUCGAAAUAAUAAAAUUAUAUUUUAACCACUUUACCACUGUUUACCAUGUUAGAGAUUACACGUAGGUAACAAAACAUAUUUCCAUGUGUUUUCCGUUCGCUUUCGGUGAACAUAUUAAUAUAAUUUGACGUGCCAAUCAGACGGUCGACCCGAUUCGAUUUUAAAAUAUUACGACCGAUUCUUCUAGUGAAUCAAAAUACAUUGGUCGUGACUAUAAUAUUAUAUUUUAACUCAUCCAUUUCGAACGAGAUUCAACCAGUGAUUAAAAAGUGUAGUUAACUAUCGUAAUAAUAAUAAUGUGUACAUAAAAAAAUGAAAAAAAACGAAAAAUGAAUAUUAUGUAACUCGUUAAUAUUAAAAGAAAAGAAAGAAUACUCCCCGCAUAAAUCACUGCGAACGGCUUAAAUGGAACUUGGCUAUAGCACUGAAAGCGGGAAACAGUGAAAAAAAUAAAAUAAAAAAUAAAUCUGCUGUGAGAAUUUACGUUCAGAAAUGUUUAGUGGAUUUAUUUUAAAGUCUCGGACGCGUGCGGAUCUGCUCUUCCACAAACCUCCGUGCUUUUUCGAUGAUUUAUAAUAAUUUUCCGCGCCAUUAGGCCCCGGCACGGCCGUAGGAUUGAUGUAACAAUAAAACGCUUAGUUGUCCGAAACUAUUCCGGGCGGCCUAUAAUAUGCACAGUAAAAAGUGUCCGACGCAUUCCACCGCGAACGGUUUUACUCGUGUUGCGCAUUCCGAGGAGGGGAAUUUAAUUUCGACAAGUCCGAAACGGUGCCGACUGUAAAUAACCCGACGAUUCGAUCCAAUACUGUUUACAACGCGCUGCUUCGUAUCCGUAAAAUUCACUUUACGAACCGUAUUGGCACAUAUAGUAAUAUAGUGAGCAGGGGGAGAGAGCGGGAGAGCGAAUAAUAAUAAUAAUAAUAAUAAUAAUAAUCAUCGUCGUCACAAUAAUAAUCUAACAAGACGCGAUGUAUAUAAGAAAAUUAAAAACGUCGAUACCUAUAAGUAAUUUUAUUAUUUUUAAUUUCCCAAACACAACACCAACAUUUGUAUUCGAUGGCCGCUGCCCCGGUAAAAAUAUCGAAUAAGACGCCAAAUUACUCCAACUGCAGCAAGAGUGUAGCCGGGCUGUCACCACACCGUGCGCGUUGAAUAUAAUUAUACGUAUUCGACUUAUAGGUAACGUGUUACCAACAUUUUGUUACCUACAUAUUGAGUAUUAACAUGAGAUACGGUGAAGUGUGAACCGGCUUUACGUGUCUAAGAAACCUAUAAUUAUUGUAAAUCAUUGUUUGUAAUUAAAAAAAAAACAACAACGAAACUGAUAUACAUAAUAAUAAUAUAAUAGUAUAUAAUAUUAUGUAUAUCAAUGGUCUUAUUUUAUGUUAAUAAUAUAAUAUAUAUAAUAUACUGUUAAGCUAUACCUAUAUCAUUGUUGUAUAUUUACGUGUAUGUUAAUUAUUGUAGAAAUAUGUUGCCAUACCGAUUCGAUUUGGCGUAUUGUUAUAUUGUAUUACUCCAUAAUAUUAUAGGUUCCCAUUAUAGUUUUAUUAUCAUCGAAGGAAUUUAAGAUUAGUGUUUUUUUACCAGAGAACCAUGAUAAUAUUAUGACAUUGUAUAUGUAAUAUGUAUGUACUAUAUAAAUAUAUAUUAUCGCUGAUUAUGAUAUUUAUGGUU